GUUAUGCCGUGUGGGAAAUUGUAAGUUUUUGGAGUCAUGGCCAAACAGUACGACGUUUUGUUCAGGCUGCUCCUUCUCGGAGACUCAGGGGUCGGAAAGACGUGCAUGUUGCGCAGGUUCACGGAGGGAGAAUUUGAUCCUUCACACAUUUCCACCAUUGGAGUCGACUUUAAAAUGAAAACAAUAGAAAUAGAUGGAACCAAAGUCCGAGUCCAGAUCUGGGACACAGCAGGACAGGAACGGUACCAAACCAUCACCAAGCAGUACUACAGGCGGGCAGAAGGUAUUGUAUUUGUGUAUGACAUCACAAACGAGCCGUCCUUUCAGAACAUAGUGAAGUGGGCCAGUGACGUGGAUGAAUUGGCCCCAGAUGAAGUGCAGACAAUUCUAGUAGGAAACAAGGCUGAUGAGGAGAUGAGGAGACAAGUGACAAAGGACCAAGGAUACAGGUUAGCAGAGAACUAUGGGAUGGAGUUCUUUGAGGUCAGUGCUUCCACCAGCAGGAACAUCUGUGAGUCAUUCAUUCGUGUGACAGAACUGGUGCUGCAGGCUCACAAGAGAGACAUUGACAGCUUGUUGGGGUCUCUGGACGACUAUUUGGACAAAGUUGCUCUGGACAAAGAGAAGGGGGGUCAGGAUGAUGUCGCUCAGAGGACUUGUACCUGUUAA